UGCCCUGCAGUCAACACACACGCACACAAGCACACGCACACACACCCCGUCUAAAGCGUCUCCUCUGCGCACCAAGAGACAAAGUCCAACCAAAAGUUUUGGGAAAAGAAGAGGAGGCGGGGGUGGAGUGAGGCAGUCGGUCUUAAUACGGUGCCGACAGGGUGAAACGGUUCAGAGGACCGGCAGAGAGGGGACAGCGGAGUCCUCUUCCAUCUGAUUUCCUCAGGGAGGGAUUACAACACGGAAAUACUGCUGCCCAUGCCCACAGAGGAUGACGCAGGUGUCUCCUGAGGGACUCGCCGCGCUGGUCGUCAGAGGGAGCGUGUGGGAGCGGUGCUGCAGGGGCUAGGUCAUGGAAACGGUGGAGGGCACUUGUUCCAGGGUCGUUUCCUCCGAAGGAGUUCCUCGCGCGCGUGUCAGUCUGUAGGGUGUCGGCCUCAACGCCGCGGCGAGAGUUUGCUUUGCUUUGCGAUGGACAGCGGCGACAGAAGACCGCGCUCCGGUUAAGUCACCUGUUCGAGAGUCCCCUCGAUGAAAGUCGCCGGAUCGGGAAAUCGUCUGCUCGCGAUGAAGGGCGGCGUUCUCCUCACCGUCGCCCUCCUGGCGGCGCUGCGCUCGGGCCACGCGCAGGUGACGGUACCUGACACAGUGUCGAACUGCUGUGAAGGGGACAUUUUGCUUGUGCUGGACUCUUCUGGAAGCAUUUCAUCCUACGAGUUUUCCCGCCUGCUGCUCUUCCUGACUGACUUGCUGCACACCUUCUCUCUGGGCCGGGGACAGGUGAGAAUUGGCCUGCUGCAGGUGGGCACUGCUCCUCUCUUGGAGUUUGGCCUUGAUGCCCACGACACCCAGGCCAGCCUGCAGAAAGCUCUGCUCAACACCAGGCAACUCCAAGGAGAUACGAACACAGAGGCUGCCCUCAGGUUAGCUCUGGACCUUCUCACUAAACCAGAGACAGAACCCGGGCCGGCCAGAGACGCCGCGCUCCCCAAGGUGCUCGUGUGGCUGACGGAUGGGGUGCAGCCCGGAGACGUGGACGAACCGAUGUCGGAGCUGAAAGAGCGGGGAGUGGCGGUGCUAGCUGUGUCUACGGGACAUGGGAAUUAUCAGGUGCUGCGGCGGUCGGUGACACCCCCUGUUGAGAACCACCUCUACUUCGUGGACAUAGAUGACAUCGGUAUCAUUUCAGACGACCUGAGGGAGGCCAUCAUCGAAAUUAUUCGUGCAGAACGGCUGCGGGCGAUGCAUGUGUCCUCCCAUAGUGUCACGCUGCAGUGGCGACCUGUUCUGAGUGCAGGGACGGGUUACUAUGAGCUCCGCCACAGCUGCGUGCGGAAAGCGGAGGGAGACGCCCAUUCUGACACGGGCGUCGGCUGCACCGACGGCCACUACCGCAGGCGCACCCUCUCAGGAGACUCCAGCUGGGUGGAGUUAACCAACCUGCAGCCUGACACCACCUACACGGCCUCUCUCACCCCAGAGUCCAACCAGGAGGUCCUCAACACUCUCUCCAUUACUUUCACAACACUUCCCGAGAUAUUGAGUCCAGCAGUGGUCUUAGUAUCAGACUCGGCCCCUCAUCAGCUUCGCGUCAGCUGGGGCCCUCUGCAGCCCGCUCGAGUCCAGAGGUACCGGGUGGAGUAUGGAGCGAUUCCCACCGGCCAGGUCCAUACCGUAUCAUUGUACGGCCAUCAGAACUCCACCCUGCUGACAGGAUUAGAGCCGGACACUCAGUACCUGGUCACCGUCAGUGCUCUGCAUGCAACAGGCGACGAGAGAGCCAUGUCUGUCAAAGCCUGCACUCAGGAAGCAGUGCUGCCUGCCCUGACGGAGCUUCAGUUGACCCCGGUGGACCAAGAGGGCACACGGGUCAUGUGGCGAGGCCAAGAGGAGGGUCUGAGAGGCUACUGGAUCAGCUGGGAGGGGCAAAACACCCAGAACCCGUCAGAGCCCUUGUCCUCCUCCAUAUACCUGCCCCCUGGCUCUCUGUCGACACAGCUGACCCACCUCGCCCCCCACAGUCGAGUGUGUGUGUCCCCUGUCUACACCGCGGGCAGAGGAGAAGGAAUAUGCUGCCAAGCAGACUGAGUCCAUCCAGUGGGGUUGAAAAUCAAGGCUGCAGCAAUGAGGCCACUGAUGGGAAAAAAUCGACAAAAUCAAACAUUUUAAGUGCCUCAAAGACAGAUCAGACAACAGAUAUAGAUCCUAUUUCCUUGUGUUCCAGUUUCAUCUAGAAAUUGAUGAUGAAGGCGAUAACAUAUGGCCAAGUCUAUUUAUUUUGCAGCGGUAUUCUUCUCUUCUUUUUUUUUUCUUCCAAAUUAUAUCAUUUGAAUCUAAUGUUCUUUGCAGCUUUAUUUUCUUCUACCUUGCCUAUAGACAGCUGGUCGGCCCACAAGCACCUGGGACCAGGUCAAAAACCCAAGUAGCAUCUAAAUGUGUAGGAAAAAAUAAUUCAAAAUGAUCAGUACAAAAACGUUAUUAACCAAAAAGUGGAAGUAGUAUACACUUAUAUUUCCUAAAUUUUGUUUAUUUUUAUUCAGUCACAAUAAAAACCUCUCUUACACACAAUCCUAGAUGGGCAAAUUGAAUCUGUUUAAGGGUAACUAAGGAUUUGCACAUUUUGACCAAUUACCACGGAUGAUUCAGUUCACAUAUCGGAGCUUAAACUUUUUAAAAUUUGCAUACUUUUAUGCAAAUAUAUUUUUGAAUAGGAAGGUAUUAAUUAUGUAUGCUGACACUUUUGUCGUGGUGCACAGUUUUGGUUUUUACCCGUUCUUGUCUCCAGGCUGUGGGGGGGGGGGCGGGGAUCCCCUCCAUUUUAAUUGCCACACUGGCAGCACAUCAAAGCCACAACCACGUGUUUCUGCAUUCUCUUAAAUAUCAUAAUAGGAGAUGCUGCAGUGCUUGAAAAUAAUGAAAAAACGUUAUGGUUUAUCAUGAUCCGGACUCAUCAAGGUCAAUAUUAAGCCCAUGCAAAUACUAACCUGCUGAAUCAAAAACCAUCCUUUUUUUUUUCUUCCAUACUGCUUGCAUUGCAUGAAUAUUUGUGGAUGCUUAUAGGCCUACAGUGAAUUAUUUUAUAUUGAAUAGUUUUAUUUUGUAUGUAACAUUUUGUCUGUAACAUGUAUGUGCUGCAGACAGUUUUGCGUGGGAUAAUGUAUCCUCUACAGAAACAAUUAUGAGGUGAAAAGACACUUUCUCAAGCUGAGAAAAUCUGUAAACAAUGCCACAAUAAUAAGAAAUGUCCAGACUAUUACAAUCUCCUCAGAAAAUGACAGAUAUUAUAAAGUGGAGAGUAAAUGAAUUAAAACUGUGCAAAGA